AUGAAUGAUGCUGGACUCCCUAGCCUACCUUGUGCCGCUCACACUCUCCAGCUGGUGGUCCACGUGGGACUUUUGUCACAGAGAAGUGUUGCUGAUGCAUUGGCUAUCGGACGCAAAAUCAUUGGCCAUUUUAAACAUUCUCCUCUAGCCUACUCCUGCUUCGAAGACAUUCAGUUAGAGAUCGGUCAGCCUGCAAAACGACUACAGCAGGAAGUACAGACCCACUGGAACAGUACAUUUUACAUGAUCCAGUCCCUGCUUGAGCAGAAACGGGCACUUGGAGUUUUUGUGUCCGAACAUGAACUGGGUCUGGGUCCGUUUGAGGAGUUAACACGAAAAGUUAGCUCUUCUGAAGCUAUGGCAGCAGAUGUGAUUCCUGCUGUCACUGUAUUGCAGCGAUUUCUGUCUAGAGAGACCGACGAUGACCAUGGCAUCAAAACUAUGAAAGUGACUUUAGCUGCAGCUGUCAGGAGGCGAUUUUCUGAUGUGGAAGAACAACCCCUCUACAGUAUCGCUACUCUACUCGACCCCAGGUAUAAAAAUCUUUUUUUCUCUAACACCAACACUGCUGCAAAUGCCAAGGAGAUGCUGAUGCGUGAGCUGUUGAGGUCGUCUAGAGAAGAGGAGAAUCAUGACCUGCACGAACCUCCUGCCAGAAAACCACGCAGGGAUCAGGAAAGCAGCAGCCUGGACAGUAUAUUUGAUGAAAUAGCAGAUGAGCAAGCACCAGUCUCUCUAAACAGAGCUCAAGUAGGUUCUACUGCACAAUUAGAGACAUACCUAGGGGAGACCACAAUUUCUCGAGAAGACAAACCACUACAAUACUGGUCAGUUAACAAAGUGCGGUUCCCUACUCUGGCCAAAAUACCUCUCAGCACCAUGCAGUAUAGUGUUAACAGUGAAAGGCUGUUCAGCUCAGUGUCACAUAUUGUGAAUGACGACAGAAACAGAAUCACAGCUGAUCAUGCAGAGAUGAUUUUGUUCAUCAAAAAGAACCUGCCUCUCAUUCUCCCAAAAAGUACCUAA